GCCCAGGUGCGGGGCCUCCCCAGGCGGCCUCAGGAACCUGCCGUCCCCGAGUCGCCCUCGCCCCCCGCCGCCUCCCCCGCACUGCGGGUCGGAGGCCCCUUGGAGGCUGCGCCCACCCCCGCGCCCGGGCGCCCGGGACGGGGGGACUGGAGCCCGCCUCGCUGAGACUUGGCCUUAGGAGGAGCACUUGACGCUUCUUCUCAUGGUUUCUCCUGGUUCGAUUCAGUAACCGGACUCGAAGCUAAGGGGAACAGCAAAGGGACAGGUUAUCUGACCCAGCAUGAGUGAAGUUCCCUGCAAAAAACGUGAUGACUAUUUGGAAUGGCCCGAGUAUUUCAUGGCAGUGGCCUUCUUAGCUGCACAGAGAAGCAAAGAUCCAAAUUCACAGGUCGGAGCCUGCAUCGUGAAUGCAGAAAACAAGAUUGUCGGCAUCGGGUAUAACGGAAUGCCAAAUGGGUGCAGCGAUGACCACUUGCCUUGGGAGAGGACGGCAGCGAGUAAGCUGGAUACCAAAUACCCUUACGUGUGCCACGCCGAGCUGAAUGCCAUCAUGAACAAAAACUCAGCCGAUGUGAAAGGCUGUACUAUGUAUGUCGCCUUGUUCCCGUGUAAUGAAUGUGCGAAGCUCAUCAUCCAGGCAGGUAUAAAAGAAGUUAUUUUCAUGUCUGAUAAAUACCACGAUAGUGAUGAGAUGACGGCUGCAAGGCUCUUGUUCGAUAUGGCUGGGGUGGCCUUCAGGAAAUUCACACCAAAGUGCAGCAAGAUUGUCAUUGACUUUGAUUCAAUUAACAACAUGCCAAGCCAGAAGCUUCAGUGAUUUACAUCUCAUUAAAUCUCCAAAAGAUUGGGAUUAUCCUCUUCUAAGAAGCUGCUAAUGCCUUUCAUCUUGCAGUUACACAUAACUUUUUAAUAGCCAGUACAGCAAAAGUAGACAUCUAAAGAAUGUAAAGCCUCAAAUCUUCCUCACUGUCUCUCUUGUCACAUGGAAUCUGCAUCUGUUUAAACUAUUGAUUUAGGGUUUAAAAUAAAGGAAUCUGUGGAUGGCCUGUUGCACAGGGCUGGAGUGGGGCGCCUCCCCCUUGGUCUCUGGGUUCGCUGGGAUGCUGGUGGCUCUGCUGCUUUAGACAGCCGCUCCUCGCUGCUACAGGUGCUGAAAGGACAAAUAAAUAAUUGUCGCUGUGUUUCUGGCAGGAUGAACAGACACACUGAUGUGAACACCUGGCCCAAAUGAAGCAUAACGUGUAGUGCCCUUGGAAAGAGAAAAAUAGGGCCCACAUGACAGUAGCUAAUGCAGAAGUGUUUGCUUUAGGGAGUUGAGGGGAACCCCCACCCAGCCACCCCCAAAUCCUAAACGGGAUGGCACAGGUGAACCAGGCGCACUUUCUCUGCAUCUGCUGGCCUGCUGCCCCCCCACCCCGCCCCCAGGGGCGGGGCACAUUGUCCUUCCAGGAGUGGGGACCCCUGUUGGUUUCGCCUCUUCCUUCUGGUUUGUGCCUCACAGGGAGCUCUUCGGUUCAUCUGAGUAAUGAGUUGUUUCCAGAGGAGAUAGCCUGUGUCCGCUUGUCACCCCCAAGACCCUGCCUGCUGGGGCCGCAGGGCCGUGUGGACGGAGGGGGCGCACGUACCUGCUUCUGCUCCUGUGUCGAGGAGUCGCCGCUCCUCCACGUGCCAGCAUGGUUCACGUCCAAGGCCGCUCCGCAACCAGGGAGUAAAUUAAUUCCUCCCUUGUACGUGCAAUGUGAGGAAAUCCAGCCUGCCUCGAGGUGGUUUAUUCCAGAUCUGUCGGUAACGGGGCUCAUCUGUGCUCCUGGCGCUGUGCCUCGGCGUGGCGGAGCUCACCUGCCUCCCAGUCACUGCGACGGGGGGCGCGCUGUGCACCUCGUCGCUCAUCGCCUCUCAUUUUUAUUAAACACGCUCAGUAGCUUUGUUGAGAAGAAAAUGGGUUCUUUAUCCUAAAGAUCAUUACCGUUUUAAAGUGCUCUUAACAUUUUCAUGAAUCCUUUUUAUUUUUUUCCUCGCAGUUUUGUACUCCGUAUUCUGGGGCGUUUUGUAAUGUGGCUCCUUACCAAGAUUAUUAAAACCUUAUUAAAAUCUA